CUGAUCCAAGCACCAAAACCCAGUUCAGCUUGCUGAUCAGCAACUGUGAGCUCCAGUUGGAGUUCAAACUUUUUGAUGUUGAUCGACUUUUAACUCCUCGCAUUGAUUAUGAUAAAGACAAGAAUGAGGUGAUAAUCUCCCCUGGAGUGACAACUGGAGAGCAACUGAAGCUGUUCAUGGACAAAAAAGUCUGCUGAUGUGAUUGCGCAGAACUUCACCUAUGGAGGUGUGCUGGCAACUGGCUCACAUGGUACUGGAAGGGACCAACCGAUUAUGUCCGACUAUAUUACGCGAAUGAAACUAGUUGGGCCAGAUGGUGAAACCCGUACCUUCCCCGACGAUUUCAAAGGAGUUAAACUCCCAAAGGGGGUCACAGUUGACGAUGCAAUGAAUGCACUGCGAGUCCAUUUGGGUGUGUUCGGAGUGGUCGUGGAGAUAACGCUGAAAGUUGAGCCAAUGGUUUCAUCCGAAGUCCGCAAUUACUACCCCCAAGUCGGACAGCUCUUCUACGGCCCAAAUCCUGAAAUCAAGAAGAUUGUGAAGGAAAAUUGGUCGGUUCAGGUCCUGUGGUUUCCCUUCAACAGCCUCGGUUUGGUGGCGGGACUUAUUCAGGGGCUACCUUUGACCAAUAUCUGGCAGCCUAGGACGGACGAAGUGUGGAUGCACACCGUCAAUAUUGUUGACACCUACGCGGAGUCCAACAGGUGUGUGAAAAAUGCACUACCAAAAAUUUGUAAGGAUGUUUUGUACAGCCAGCAUAGCUCCAAAGAUCAUCAUCAGAGCAACAUGCCUGUUAAAAAGUAAUGCGCUUCAAUGUGGCCAUUUGCCCUUACAAGUCUGC